AUGGAGCAGCUGGAGGCGGUGGGCUGGGGCGUGCUGAGCGCCAGCUCCUUCCCCAUCGGCUGCCUCCUUGGCCUCAGGUGGCCGACGGUGCCGCUGUGGCUGCGCGGAGUGUUGAUGGGCUUCGGCGGCGGAGUCAUGCUGAGCGCCCUCACCAUCUCCCUCUUUGGCGAGUGGCUCUCCCGGCCGCACGAGUUCGGCCGCGGCUCCACCAGCGUCCUCCUCGUCUCCGCCCUCGUUGGCGGGGUUGCAUUCGUGGUGGUGGACUCGUUUCUCGAGAGACGCGGCGCGUGGAUGCGACGCCUGUCGGCCAAGCGAAAGCGACUCACGCAGUGGCGAUCGAGGCGGCUGCGGCCGCUCCUGACCAAACUGCGGCUCGCCCGUGCAAAGCAGGCCACGACCACGCGGGCUGCGCACACGUCGUUGGAGCAGCAGAUGCGAGAAGAGAAGGAAAUGGAGGACAUGAAGGUGAACAAGAUAACAAAGGAGAAGAAGGACCCGAGGUACGUCGACCUGGAGGCGUGGACAGUCAGCACCCGCGGCGACGGCGAGCUGACCACCCCAGCGCUGCCGCUGGUCAUCGAAAAAGAGGACGAAGCUGACCUGCCUGCGGAAGCGCUGGAGCCCACGCCGCACAUCAACGCGCACAGUCUCAUCGGGCUGGCCAUUUGGAUGGGCCUUCUCAUCGACGGCGUUCCAGAGUCGCUCGUCAUCGGAGUGGAAUCGGCGUCGCACGAGGGCGUGACGGUGGCGCUGCGGGUGGCCUUCUUUCUGGGCAACCUGCCGGUGGCGCUGUCGUCCUCGAUCGUCAUGCUCGAGAACGGCAUGUCGCGCAUCGCCAUCUUCCUCAUGUGGCUCAUGCUCACUGGGUUGACCGGCGUGGGCGCGUUUGCGGGGUCGUUCAUGGAGGAGCCGCGGGAGGGCCAACCCAACUCGGCCUUCCUCUACGGCCUGGGCGUGGCCGAGGGCAUCGCCGCCGGCGCCAUGCUGGUCAUGAUCGCCAACGUCAUGUUACCAGAGGCGUAUCGCACGGCGGGGAGUCUGUCGGGGCUGUCGCUGAUGUGCGGCUUCUUGGCCGGCCUCUGCUUGGAGCUGGCCGACAACUGGUGA